AUGUGGCCAUGCAUCCGGACGGGGCAGCAUCAUGGGUCCUUGCAUCCGCUCGCCUACACUCCUUCCAACCCCAAGAAGUUGGGGGGAAUCCCCAGCCUCUCAGGUUCUGGACGUGCAAGCCUGGCAGGCCUUGCAGGCGCAGGCUCUCUGUGCCUGUCCAAGGGCAAAGCAUCACAAAGAUUGAUGCAGAGAUGGACGCAAAUUGGGUGCCUCGCAGAAGACUCCCUAGUAGCCGUGGCUGAAGACGAAUCAAAAGACGGUCGCGGGCGCCGGCUCGUGGCAGUGUGCCGCGUGUCAAGUGGCACCGAGAUCCUCGAAGAGGGACCUGCUCUUGCGGUGUCGCGAGAUGUUGCAAUGGACGGUGUCUCCAGCAAGCUGCAAGACUUGAGUCCAGCUGUGCAGGAAAGUUUGUUGCAGCUUUGCCAUUCCUCCAAUCUUCCAGCGGAUGAGCAGGCUAGCAUCGUGGAGAUCGCCGGUAGUGAUAGUCGGCUGCUGGCUCUUCUUCGUGUGUUCCUGAUAAACAGUAUUGGGACUCCAAAGGGGGGCAGUGCGAUCUACUUGCGGGCAAGCCGGGCAAAUCACAGCUGCCAGCCAAAUGCGGCCUUCCAGAUCGACAAAGCGAAUCAGCUCCACCUGGUUACGCUGAGGCCCCUGGACUGCAACGAGGAGAUCUUCGUGUCCUACUUGCCGGAAGCAACCCUGUUGAGGCCACAAGGCGUCCGCCGCCGUCUCCUGGAGAAAUGGGGGUUCACAUGCAGCUGCAGCCGCUGUCAGAGCAAAGAUGAUGUGCGAACUUUCCUUUGUGGUCAUUGCGGGCAUGGGGCGAUACGCCCCACGACCUUGCACAAGGAGGAUGACGUGCUUUGGUGCAGCUGUUCGGCAUGCGGAGCCGAGCCACAACCGUCGCGGCAGCUCGCAGAGGCUGAGGAGCUUUGGCAGAGGCAACUGAAAAGGUUCCAACGUGAACCUUCUGGUCGAGGCAUCCUCGAAAGCCUCAGGACUUUGCAGCAGCCUAGCAGCUCGAGACCGCUUCCAAGUUUGCAAGGUGCAUUUACAUUGACGAGAGAUGCAGUUACUGAAGACUUGCUUGGGCACCCCCAACAUUGGCCCAGCACAAUACAGCCCUCUUGGCCAUAG